AUAACAUAAACCUCAGCAGCGGUCGCAAGAGGAGAAAGAGUACAACAGAGGCUGGUGUCGCUGCCAAGCCGGGUACAACUGCUCCGAUGCCUUCUCAAAGUGCCUUCUAGAGACAGGCAAAGUACCGAGUUGACGCUAAAUCCAAAACACAGGAAGGGAGGUUGCAGAGGAUAUCAAAAGAAUCUCACCUUCAACCUCUGGGAUCAACCAACGGUGCGUAAAGUUGGUGAGCUGAUCCGCCUGCCUCCCACUUCCACUCAGUUACAUUAUUUAUAACCUUUGUGGAGGACUGCUCGAUUGCUGAUGUCCCGGUUCCAGAGUAGAUUUUAAAACCAUCAUAUUAUUUUAUCUGUGGAUGAGCAAGGCUUGUUUGAUGGUAAGAUUUCCAGCGAAGCGCUGCGCGGAGACACUGGAAGUCACCCUGCUGUGAACGUGGUACAUGCGUGUAGAAUACAUGGAUUUGCUUUUGCUAUAGCAAAGAGUUUCCGUGUUUUUUUUUUUUUUUUGAAGUAAUCAUUUUUUGAUUUGUUUUGUCGACAUUGUUACGAACGCUUUGAACGCAGUGAUUCAAUAUUCAACCUGUGGAAUAACAACCAUGAACUUUGUUGUCAGUUUGGUACAAAUCCUCUUGGCAGCGUUUUUCCACCUGUCCACUGUUAAGACUGCCAGCAUUAACAAGGGAGUGGAGAAGAGUAAACAUGGGGUCGUCCGUCUCAGCGAAGUCAUCACUAAGAGUAUGUGUCAGCCCAGGGAGGUUUUGGUGGACAUCUUCCAGGAGUAUCCGGGGGACACAGAGCACACUUUUGUACCAUCCUGUGUAGUCCUCAACCGCUGUGGAGGUUGCUGCAGUGACGAAGCAUUGGAGUGUGUACCCAUGGAAGCCAGCAACGUAACGUUGCAGGUAAUGCGGUUUAGACAAAUGGUAACGCAGCACACUAUUCAUUUAAGUUUCACAGAGCAUCAGAAGUGUGAUUGCAGGCUAAAGCCAGAUGUUCAAGUAAAGAAAGAAUAGUAAGUACAAGUUUUGUAUUAUUAUUUUUUUUUAAUUGGCUCUGAAGGAUUUUGAGGGACAGUGGGAUAGAAAAAUCAGGGUUUUCUACAACCAGAAUUUCUUUGACGUUGGUUGGUGAGUUGUAGCUGGACAAUGGAACAAGUAGUCCUCUUCAAACAGCAGAAUUAGUAUCCGUAGUAUUUCAUUGUGACAGGAUCUCUGUCCUCAUGUAUGAGAUGCACAUGUUUCUUUUUUCAGAUUUUUCUGACAAUAAUAUAUUAAGUUGAGUUUCUUUACCCAGCACUAGAUUUUUCAACUUUGCUUAAUUUACAAAUUCAGAAAUGUUUCUUUCAGUACAACAAAAAGUGGCCAUGCUUGGUGACACUACAUUGCAUUCAUUUAGCUGACUCCAAAGCGACUUACAAUAAGUGACAGUUUAGGAAGUCAAAAGUAUGUCAUCCAACUAUAGCAUCCAACUCAAGCAUAUGCAUUACUUCAGGUAUUUCCUUCCACCUACAGUAUUAUUUCAGGACUCUUACACAUACAUACUCUUUUUAUGGCAGCAGGUUAAGUGCUUUAUGGUGCGGGCAUAACAGCUUGAGUCAUUUGGGUGUAGCCCCUCGGCCUUCAGACCACCCGUUGCUGUCUGCACAUCAGUUGCACAAACCUGAUCCUCAGCCACUUCCGCAGUCUAAUGAUAGCAACAGGUCGCAUGCAGUCAGCCUUUUCUUUAUUUUUAGAGGUGUAAAUAGAGGAUGAGCUCAGAGACGAGCUGGUGUGUCAUCAUUGGUGGUGAGAAUUUGUCACAGCUGACAUAUGGCUGUGUGUUUGUAUGGGUUUUUUGUGUAUCAUGAGGCUUCUCAGCGGGAGAUCCGGAUGUUUAAUUGGAUAUGAGAAGUGUUCUGUGUGCGCUGAA